AUGAAGUACCUCUUCUUCGACUGCGACGACUGCCUCUACCAGAACGGCUGGAAGACGGCGGACAAGAUCACGGCGAAGAUCGCCGCCUACUGCAGCGACGAGCUCGGCGUCGACAAGCGCCGCGCCUACGAGCUCUACAAGGCCCACGGCACCUGCCUGAAGGGCUUGCUCGUCGAGUGCCUCAUGCCGCGGGACAUGAUCGACGAGUUUUUGGAGACGGUGCACGACAUCGACUACGACGACGUCGAGCGCGACGACGCGCUCCGCGACAUCGUCGAGCACUGCGGCGAGCAGCGGCACCGCUACGUCUUCACGGCGUCCGUCGCGGAGCACGCGGAGCGGUGCCUCAAGAAGAUCGGCAUUCCCUUGGACGCGUUCUACAACGUCGUCGACACGCGGACGUGCCGGCUCGAGACGAAGCACUCCUGGCAGGCCUUCGACUGCGCCAUGGUCGCCGCGGGCACGGCGGACCACGCCGAGUGCGUGCUCUUCGACGACUCCGUGAAGAACAUCCGCAUGGCGAAGGAGCUCGGGUGGACGACGGUGCUCGUCGGGCUGACGGCGCGCGACACGGGCGACCGCAUCGCCUGCGCCGAGGCCGACUACCACGUCGCGUCGCUCCACGAUAUCCCCGCCGUGCUGCCGGGCCUCUUCCCGCCGGGCUACAAGCCGCCGCCGCGGCCGGUCAAGCCGACGCCCUACCCGCGGCUCGCGGGCUAG